ACACUGCCGAAUGGCCAAAUGCGCCACGAAAUAAACUGUAAAUAACGAGAGUACAACUCGGAGUUAACUCAAACGCGGUCGGCCCGGACUCACCGGAAACACGUCCGGUGGCCAUGAACCGGAGCCGCAGGACGGUCGAGCCUCCGGUCGAGCCUCCGGUCGAGCCUCCGGUCGAGCCUCCGGUCGGUGUGACGGUCGGUCUGACGGGCCCGUCGAACCCGAACCGGCUGAGGAGAAGCUUCAGGCGGACCCAGACAGCGGCGGACGUCGGCUCUCCGAAGAGCCAGCAGCCGGAGUUCAAGACCCCGACCCGGGUCCCGAGGCCCCGAGCCGGCGCCGGCUUCAGCGCCGAGUCUCCGAACAACGACUCUGACUUCCAGCAGGACAUCGUGUGGGACGCCACGUCUCCCUCGCCCGGCCGGCCCGGUAAAAAAGGAAAGCACCAGAAGCCUGGAGCUGUGGACAUCUCUGAUAUUGUUAACAGGAUCGCCCCAAAGCACGGCCGGCCGGCGGUCUCCGAGCCGACGCUGCAGCAGUGGAUCGGAGACAGCGCCGCCAUCCCCUGCACGCCCGACGCCCAGGGCCCCAAACCCAAGAAGAAGUCCCCGCGGCCGAACGGCGUGGACGACCUGCUGAAGCUCGCCAAGCAGUUCGACUUCAACAUGUUCCAUCGGGACGAAGAAGAAGAAGAAGAAGAAGGAAAAGGAAAAGGAGUGGACGAGCGGCGCCGCCCGGAGCUUCAGUCGGAGGACGACGGCUCGGAUUUGGAGGACGCCGAUCCGAGCGCCGCUUCGUUGCCCGCGAGUCACGGGCCGGCGGAGCGGCGCCCGGAUCCACUCGCGGAGGACGAUCUGGACUUCCUGUUCGACGGACCGACGCAGUUUUUAAGCGGAAGUCUGAGUCCGGGGUCGUCGGCUCGGCCGUCGCAGGUCCAACCCGCGUCCAGAGAGGCUGCUGGGAAACCGGCCGCUCCCACGCACGGCGCCGCGUCGGGCGUCUCCGCCGCGGCGAAAGACGAGUUUGAGGACGACUGGGAGAACGAUGACCUGCUGAACGACUCGUUGCUGUUGGAGAUGACCCAGAACCCCCAGAGCUUCGCCGGCCCGCGGCUCAGCUCGACCCAGAAGCCCCUCGACGAAGCGCAGCGUCACCGGGAGAGUCCGGCGAGCGGCGCCGUCCACGCGGCGCCCAACGGGAGACAAAGGGCGACUUUCACACUGGAGCCCAAUCCCAAUGCUUCUUUCCAAAGAAUCCAGACGAACCCGAAGGACCGCGGCGCCGCGGCGGGAGACGCUCCGCAGAACCGGUCCUCUGCUCGGGAUCCACCGGUUCCUCCGAGGGCUUCCGACCCGACCGCGUCGAACGCGUCGGCCGUGGAAGCGUCUCGGAGCUUCCCGACGGCCCCCGCGGCCCCCGCCCUCCCGGACGAGGAGGACCUGUCCUUGUUCUUCUCGGUCGACCCGGUUUGGGACGACCCGGCCGACGACGACCUGCUGUGCGAGAUGUGCGAAAGCGUGGAGAGCCGGCUGCAGAGCGCCGAGAGCGCGUCAGAGCGGGGAGCGCCGCCGCCGUCCAACGGGAACCCGCAGCCGGCCGACCGGCGACCUCUUGACCCCAAGAGACAGACGGCGGCGAGCCGCCCCGCGGCCGGCGGUUCUGGCGGCGCUGCAGGCGUCCGGGUGACGGAGGCGUUCAGGGACCCGCACGCAAAAAACUCUUCAGGGUCCACAAACGGCUCGACGUGGAGCCGCCGGGUCCCGUCCGCCUUCAAGAAGCCAAACAACCCGGUUACCACGGUGACCAGCGACGUCGUGGCUCAAUGUUCGGCAGCAGAGAUCGAGCUGAAGAAGCAGCGAGCGAUGGAGAGACGACGGCAGCGACUGCAGGGCGCCCACAACCUCCGAGCUCCCACCUGACCUGUCUCACCUCACCUGUCUCACCUCACCGGCCCGAAGACUGAACCAGACUGUCAUUUAAGCUCCGCCUCUAAGCCGUUAGCAGAAUCCACGUUAAAUACAAAAAACCUUGAUGCUCGUGUCGUGUUUAUAAUCUCCUGAUUUAUUUUAAACAAACUGAAGUUACUCGUCAUUUAAAGAUCACCAGCGUUGGCUCUUAAUUUGUGGAAGUUGAACAUAUAUAUAUAUAUAUAUAGUCUUUUUCCCCUGAAAUUUCAAAACAAAUGACAUUUUUUGCACAUUAAUGAAUCUGUUUGUAGAUAAAUAAAUAAAUAAAGACUUAAACAGCCCAUCGGUGGGGGAGGGGGGGGGUACUCGUUCAGUCUUUGUGCUAAGCUAGGCUAACCUCGUGGAAGUAAUUCUCAACUUUACAUCUCAAUUCUUUUUUUGAUCAUGAACACAAAGUCACUUUUCUAACCUGACUGACAACAAUGUUUUAUUCUUGUUUGUUUGUCUACAUUUUUCUAUGAAGCACUUUAACAGAUUGGAAAGUGUUUUACCAAUAAAGGUUUUAUUGUUCCA